AUGUCUGCUGAGUUGAGCUCCAAGCUUGAUCUCGCCAGUCCAGCUACAGGCGCUGCAACUGGAAAGAAAGACGACAAAGUCAGAAUAUUUGCAAAGAAUGUCGGUGAUGCUCCUAUCUUGAAAACAACAGAAUUUUCAGCCAGCGCUGCUUCGCCAUUCUCGCGCGUCAUUGAUCACAUUCAAAAGAAGAUCCGGACAUCCGCUGCUCACAAAGACGCUGUGGUGCAUCUGUUCAUCAACCAGUCCUUCUCUCCAGCUCCAGACGAGCAACUGGGCGACCUGUACAAGUGCUUUCAGAACAAUGGGAAGCUUGUUAUAGAUUAUGCCCUCAAGGAGGCCUGGGGCUGA